AUAUUGAAUUGUAUAAAAUUUACCUAAUUUAAAGAACACGGAGGUCGCUAUUAUUAAUUAUUGCAUCUAGAGUCUUUUCAACGAAUAAUUAAACAAACAUGCAGGAAACUGAAUCGGAGGGCAGAUUCAGAAAACAAAGCCAGUGGUCGAAAAAAUAUUUAAAUAUUUAUAAAAUGGCAGCACUGUUAAUAACAUUUGUCUAUGAUUUUAUGUCUUCUCCAGUCUCCGCUACCCACCCUGCACUCCCCGCUCCCGCCCCGCCCUGUGAUUUUUCUGAGUGAGGGUCACUUUUUAUAAAUAUUAUCAGCAAUUUAAUGUGUUAUUUUGAUUUAUUUGAUAAAACUUGUGUUCAUCCAAUAUGGACAAAUGUGGGAUCUGUCUAAAACCUGCAGUCCAACUGUUUGAGACGGGGAAAGAUGGUAUAUAUGCCUGCUUCAAGUGCCAGCCACUAGUGCCUGAAGUGAUGAUAGGAGACAAUGGCUCCGAUCAGACCGUGCCGCAAACAUCCAGCAACAACGAAGAGGAGGGCAUUGAAACAUCAUUGUAUUGUGGUAUUUGCCACAAGUCUUUUCAGAAGAACAUGCAGCUUCAGAACCAUCUGCGCAAUCAUCGCGCCGAGAGACGCUUCGUCUGCACAUACUGCAAUAAAGCUUUCUCUCAGUCCAACAACCUGAGGGCGCAUCUCCGUAUCCACACUAAUGAACGACCAUUCAAGUGCUCAGAAUGUGGCAAAGCUUUUACACAGGUGACGAAUUUGAACAAUCACGUUCGUCUGCAUACUGGCGAGCGGCCGUUCGUGUGUCCCGAGCCAGGAUGUAACAAGGCUUAUGCCCAGGUAACUAAUUUGAACCAGCAUCGUAAGCGGCACCUGAACGGCGGGCCCGUGGAGGCCACGUACGACUGCACCGUCUGCGGCGAGCAGUUCCAACAGCGGAACCAUAUGUAUAUGCACAGCGUGGGUUGCAGACGCGAGGCGCACGGGGCGGCGCCCGGGGCGGCGCGCGCGGGCCGGGCGCCGCGCCGCUGCCGCGCCUGCCCCGCCGCCUUCCCCAGCGACAAGCUGCUGCAGCGCCACGCGCAGCUGCAGCAUCCCGGUCUGCAGGACGACCAGCAUGACACAGCCAACGAGUACAUCUGCGUGUUCUCAUCGUGCGGCAAGCGGCUGUCGUCCGCGCGCGAGCACACGGAGCACCUCCUGCGCGAGCACCAGCUGCGGGUGCUCAGCCACCGCCAACACGCGCCGCGACGCGGACGGCCGCCCAAGAUGUUGAAAGACCCCUUGGAAAUAAAAGAGGAAGAAUUUCAUGAGGUUAAAAUAACGAAGCAGCAGCCACAGUACUUGCCCAAGCUGAAGGUGCAGAGUUUGUUCCAGUGAGCGGCGAGCGCGCUCCGCUGUGCCGGUUCUAGUGUAAACCACGCCGUAAGUCGCGGCAUUGUUGUAUUUCAUAUAACUUAGGGCCAACUAGUUAAGUCGACUUUAACCUUUGUACUUAAUUACUUAUUAUUGUUUUAUUAUUCCUGUCCUGUGUCUGUACUAUGAGAUUUUAAAACAAGACCUAUGAUUGUGGAAGCGAGACGGCAUAAUGCGCCACAACGGCAUCGGUUAUGUUCUAACAGUUCAUAGUAAGGUUCACAAGGUUUAAUUUGUUUGCCAACUCGUAUUAAUAAGAACAUAUAUUAUGCAACUGUUUGCAACAGUCGUAUAUAAAAAUACGUGUAAGAAAUGAAUAUAUCAUCAGACACUGGUUGUUUUACGUAAAGUAUGUUUUAAAGGGCCUUUCCAUUCCACCCCCGAGUGGCAUUGUGUAUAUCAAGAUAUAAUUUAUAAGUACAGCGAAGUAGUGAUAUUAUAUAGAAGUUAUUUUUGUCUGAAACUAGAUUACGAUCCGAUUAUAAAAAUAUUCUGUUAAUUUAAAAUUGAUAGGCUUAUAAAAUAAAUCUACAUUAACAGUUAUUAUAUCUUAAGUGAUAAUAAAUAUUAAGUGCAAUUUAUUGUAACAAUUUAAUUAAUAUUGUUACAUUAGUGUAAGCAUUAACUUUCAAUAUUUUAUUUUUAUUAGUACAUACCAUCAAACCCUAUUUUAUAAGAUAUUCAGAGACAUAGUUUAUUUCAGAAAGAGUAACAUAUAUACAAUAUAUGUAUUUUAAAAAGGCGAAUUAUAUUAUACAUUUAUUAAUUGCCGGGCUUAACUAAACGCAAAUUUAUUAAGAAGACUGCGAGUGUAUUUGAAUCGGUCUCGAUUUUUUUUGAAAAUGUUUUAUUUAGAAGUUGAAUCAAGUAUUUUUUCAGUAUUAUUAAAAUUAUAUUUACAUUUCUAAAGAGUUUGGGUUUAAUUAUGAUCUAUAUAUACAUAUGUUUCAGAUGUUGAUUAUAAUGCACGCUUUAUUGUGACACUCUUGGGUUUUAUUUGUUUGUAUGACUAAUAUCUAUGUAUAACAGUGAAAACUUUUAAAAUAAGAUCACUUUUAAAUUUUGAAGUUUUUACUGAUAUUUCUAAUUGUCAUUGUAAUGUAAAGUUUUGUUUGAAUUUUUUUCCCGAUAAGCGUAUACCAGCCAUAGCAAUAGAUCGAGGAUGGUUAGCAUAGUAUUGUUGCAAUAAGUAGUUAAGGCGCAUAUUUUACUUUCCCAAGACAUUUUCAAUCAUGUUUUAGUUCACCUUGGAGGUUUCCCUCGCUAGCUAUGGUAGUGAUAAGCUUAUCGUAGAUCGCCAGCGCCUGGUCCCAAUAAUCUAUAGACCGACCUCUCAUAUCAAAACACUGCCAAGGAAUGAUUUGAAAUAGUAAGAGUUAUAACUAUGGUUGUUCCACAUAUACAGAAAUAUAUUCUUUAUUAAUUGAUAGUUGUCAUUUUAUUCCAUACCAUAUUCUUUCAAUAUCGAAUUGAAUACAGGUGUUUUUAAAUCUAUUUUUAAAAGAUUUGAAUUAAGUUUUUUUUUUAUUUAUUUACAUGCAUUCAUUAUUUUACUAUGAUCUCUGAUAAAAAAAACUCGAAAUAUUUCGAUCUGUAAUUAGGUGUAAAAAAUACUCGGAUCUUGGAAUAUUGGGGCUUCGCGUCGUAGAGUAUAUAUGCGUUAGGAUAAGGUGCAAAUGUUCCUAUGAGUGUGUCAGAGAGUUCGAUUAUUGUCGAUGGAUAUAAGCCGCGUGUUCUAUAGUCGACCAUUUCAAUAUUUUUAGCCUUGUUAAGUGUCAGCAUGUCGGAGAUUUUUCUAUUAACAUACAAAUACUUACGAUAUUAAAAUAUGCAAUCACU